UUUGACAGCACAUUUAACAGUGCUUCUUCAUCAAUGAAUGAUCAAUAUUUGGAUUACUUGAAAGCAUCAAGUAUAAACAUUGCAUCUGUUGAUAAUCACAAUUCAAUGUUCAACAAAAAUAUUUUAUUU